AUCAGAUGACGUAUUGUUUCCGGGUUCCCUUUCUGGCGGAGAUCACAAAAGGUAACUUUCGGUCAAUUCGUUCCGGCAAGAGGGAUCGACUGAUCGGGUUUGGCUGCUGAGGGCUUACUCUGUUUGGAUUGAGUGGACUUAAAACCAGACGGCAUCAGCCUACCUAAAAUAAGCCCCUACUUGUCUCUGGAUCCUUGGCAUCGAUAAGGCUCAUCUCCUCUCGGGUUUUACCUGACACCGAUAUUUAAACCCCCCUCCCCAUCCAAUAUGAGUCUCCACCAAUCAGAGCUCCACUCCUUGCUCCUCCUCCCCCUCCACCUCGUGGUGUGGCUGUACUCCCUUCUUUCCUUCCUGCCCUGGUACUACUUCACCGGGGCUGGGGAGAAGAGAACCCGGGCCACGCGGGUCAAGGCUCGCUCCACCUCCGGGCGCUCCGACGGGCCGUACCGCUGUGUAGACUGCUUCCAGAGCCUGGCCACAGAAGACUUCCCUGGGAAAGACACGCUGGACAAACUGUUCCAGCAAGCCGUACAGCGCUUUGGGGACUCUGACUGUCUAGGGACAAGAGAGGUACUGAGUGAGGAGAAUGAGCCCCAGCCCAGCGGAAAGGUCUUUAAGAAGCUGAUUCUGGGGGAGUACUGCUGGCUGUCCUACCAGCAGGUAGACUCUGUAGUGAGUUACAUGGGCAGCGGGUUGGCAGCACUGGGCCAGCAGUCUAAGAGUAUGGUUGCCAUCUUCUGUGAGACGAGAGCUGAGUGGAUGAUCUCUGCUCAGGCCUGCUUCAGAUACAACUUCCCAUUGGUGACGUUCUAUGCGACACUGGGAGAGGAGGCGGUGGCGUUUGGACUGAACGAGACAGGAGUCACACACCUCAUCACCAGCACAGAACUACUGGAGACUAAACUGAAGGGUGUUCUCUCUCAGAUCCCCAAGCUGAAACACAUCAUCUCUGUAGACCAGAGGAGGGUCAGUACAGAGGGAUACCCACCUGGUCUCGCCAUCCACAGCAUGGCAUCAGUACAGGAGCUGGGGUCACAGCCUGACAACUUGGCUAGGCCGGUGGUGAGUCCUCAGCCAUCAGACCUGGCUGUAGUGAUGUACACCAGUGGUUCUACAGGCAGACCCAAAGGAGUCAUGGUCGUCCACAGCAACCUCACCGCUGGAAUGACCGGACAGUGUGAACGCAUCCCUGGCCUGGGGCCUAAAGACACCUACAUAGCAUACCUGCCUCUGGCCCAUGUUUUGGAAAUGACAGCAGAAAUCUCUUGCAUGGCGUAUGGCUGUCCCAUUGGUUACUCCUCCCCUCAGACACUCUCUGACCAGUCCACUAAGAUAAAGAGAGGAAGUAGAGGAGACAGCUCUGUGCUGAAACCAACUCUAAUGGCUGCUGUACCGGAAAUCCUGGAUCGCAUCAAUAAGAAUGUGAUGAGGAAGGUUGGGGAGAUGAGUUACAUUCAGAGGACGCUGUUCAACCUGGGAUACAACUACAAACUGGAGCAGGUCAAGAGGGGUUACGAUGCUCCUCUCUGCAAUGUGCUGCUGUUCAGUAAGGUGCGCAGGUUGCUGGGCGGCAGGGUGAGGCUGAUGUUGUCUGGAGGGGCUCCGCUUUCCUCCGCCACACAGAGGUUUAUGAACAUAUGUUUCUGCUGUCCUGUGGGCCAGGGGUACGGACUGACGGAAACCUGUGGAGCUGGUACCAUCACCGAGGUGGCAGACAACAGCACGGGUAGAGUUGGCGCUCCUGUCAUCUGCUGUGAGAUCCGACUCAGGGACUGGCUGGAGGGAGGCUACACCAAUCAGGACAAACCUCACCCCCGAGGGGAGAUUCUGAUUGGAGGGCCUAACAUCACUAUGGGUUACUAUAGGAACGAGAGUAACGGCCAGGACUACUUUGUGGACGAGAAGGGUCAGAGGUGGUUCUGUACAGGAGACAUAGGAGAGAUCCACCCUGACGGAUGUCUGCAGAUAGUGGAUCGUAAGAAGGACCUAGUGAAGCUCCAGGCUGGGGAAUAUGUCUCUCUGGGGAAAGUAGAAGCUGCUCUGAAGAACUGCUCCCUCAUCGACAACAUCUGUGCUUACGCGAACAGUGAGCAGAACUAUGUGAUCAGUGUUGUGGUACCCAACCAGAAGAUGUUGACUGAGCUGGCCAGACAGAGGGGAGUGCAAGGGAGCUGGGAGGAGGUGUGCACCCACCCUGCCAUGGAGGAGGUGGUGCUGAAGGAGAUCAAAGAGGUGGCCACUUCAAUUAAACUCCAGAGGUUUGAGAUCCCAGUCAAGGUCCACCUCAGCCCAGAGCCCUGGACCCCUGAGACAGGACUGGUGACUGAUGCCUUCAAGCUGAAGAGAAAAGAGUUAAAGAACCACUAUCUCCAACACAUAGAGAGGAUGUAUGGGAGACCAUAAUGUAAUGACCUAGAACUUCACCUAAUGCCCAUAGACCUCUGGUCAAAAGUUGUGCACUAUAUUGGGAAUAGGGUUCCAGGCCUUGAAAGGUGCAUGGUUUGCAGGCUUUCGCUCUGCCCUGCUGUAACUCAUUUGACUUCAGCUAAUCAAGGUCUCGGUUACAAGCAGCCAAUUUGGUGUUUUGAGUAGGGCUAGAACAAAAGCAUGCAUCCACACUGUGUAGCUGUUCAGGAGCAGGGUUGGCUACUCCUAACCUAAGCCAAAGUCACCAACAGUCUGCUGUUAGUUAAUGUAGCCUGUCGGUGCCAGUCACGUUUCCGCUUCAGCUGACUUUGUCUUGUGGCACCCUAUUCCCUAUGUCGUACACUGCUUCUGACCAAAAGUAGAGCACUCAAGGGAAUAGGGUGUAAUUUGGGAUUCAGCUGUAGUGUUGUCAACAGAAACGGUUUGAUACCCAGGCUACUGUUCUUAGUGUGUGUAAAGAAUAUCCCUAUUAGACAAUUAUUUGUGCUAAUGUACUUGUAAAAAAAAUAAUAAUUGCACUCAAGCACGUCCAGUUCUGCCCUCAAUUAUUGUCAUUAGAAAAGAGUCUGAACUGUAGAUGGUAAAUUAUUUAUUUGGAAAUCAAACUUGAAGCUGAUCCAGCAUUUAUAGAAAUGUAUGUUUAUAGAAAAGUCCUUUCACCAACAAACAAAUGGAGCAUUGAGGAAAAGGAGACAUUCCAGCCAACGCUUACCUGCCAUUCCAGCCUAAACUCUUUACCCGUUUUGUAACGGAUGUAUUUUUGAAUGUCUGUAUUUCUCGGUGUGUUCUGUAAAUACUCAAUUCCUCAUGUUAUGUAGUUGAGUUCUGCUGCCCUCUAAUGGUAAGAUAGCAGUAUCGACAUUACUGUGUCUUUGCCUGCAUCUGUUAAAUUUGGUUAUUUAUUUAGAAGUAUGUUAAAAUAUACCUUGGCUUUUCUAAAGUAAUGGAUGGCUAAGACUAAAUAAGCAUUGACUAACAAUUCGGUUUAUUCAAUUGUAUUAUUUUGCUUUUGUUGCACCAAACGUCACUCAGGAAACUUAAUAGCAGCUAUUUAAUACUUGGCUAGGAGGAUAGACUGCAUGGGCUUUUUGUUUUUACCUGAAUACUCAAACUAAUGUUAUGAAAAUAUUAGUAUCCUUGUUAUAACAAAUGUCUUACAUUUAAGAGUCCAUUUCUUUCAACUACUGUGUGAACAAUGGUUACUUCAGUUCUGGGGGUCACAUGCUUUAAAGGACAUUGGUGAAUAAAAAUGUUUUGUAUUUGA